UAAUACCUAAAUUAAGCUUUGAUUAUAGGGAUUGAAGAUAGAUGGAAAACCUAAAUUGACUGUAAUCGGGAAAUUGAACGUGAAUUUAGCUGAAAUCGCUUCGGAAAUGGUAGAAACCGUAAUCGUGAAAAAGUUUCCGAUCAAGUUAACCGUCGCCGGCGAAGAUAUAAACGCCGUCUUAUCCAUAAGCUUUCGAUUUGUGGAGAUCAGAAAUUCACAAGAUUCAUCAGUAACGGCUAGUCAAAAUCACACCAUGGCCGAUUCAUCAACAACGGAAGAAUAUCAAAUCGACUCGGAUGACUCAGUCAAUUUCAACUCAGAUGAAUCACCCAAGAAAGAAACCGAUCCAGAUCAAGUCAAAAGAGGCAGAUUCUUUUCAUGGAAGAGAAGACGAUUAAGCUUCUUCAUGGGAAGGAAGAAAGUUAAACCGUCAACCGCCGCCGUCGACGUCGACGUCGAACCCUUUUCCGGCGGCAAUAACGAUGGUGAAUGGGAAUUAAAGGAAUUUGUAAGCAGAGAUAACAAAACCAUCUUAACAUCCCCUGUUUUCCUAUCUUCAUUCGAUCAAUGCAGCGAAAAAGCCGCCGGAGAAAGCGCUUGCACAGCUCUAGUCACGGUCAUAUCUAACUGGCUUCAUUCACAUCCAAAAGAAACUCCGACUAAAUCUCAAUUCGAUACAUUGAUAAUCGAAGGUUCAUCCGAAUGGAGAAAGCUGUGUUCAAGAGAGGAUUUGAUAAACCAGUUCCCUGAUAAACAUUUCGAUAUGGAAACCGUCCUGGGAGCCGGUCUCCGGCCGGUAGGGGUUUGUCGGGAGAAAUCAUUUGUGGGUUUCUUCGGGGCAGAGAAAUUCGAUUGCUUGAAAGGAUUCGGGAUGUCGUUUGAUGAUAUAUGGGAUAAGAUUUCAGAAAAUGAGGAAAGUAGUAUCUAUAUUGUGAGUUGGAAUGAUCAUUUCUUUGUGUUGAAAGUUGAGAAGGAUGUUUAUUAUAUAAUUGAUACAUUAGGGGAGAGAUUGUAUGAGGGAUGUAAUCAAGCUUUUAUAUUGAGGUUUGAUGAAUCGAGUAGUGUUCAUAGGAAGGUUGUGAAAGAUGAUGAAGAUGAUGAAGAAGAUUCAACAACAGAUGAGGAUGAGGAUGAAGAAGAUUCUGAUGAUGAAGAAGAUGAAAGGAAGGAGAUUGUUUGUAGAGGAGGAAAGGAGAGUUGUAAAGAGUUUUUGAAGAAGUUUUUGGCUGCUAUACCAUUGGAAGAACUUGAGAAUGAAGAAAGGAAAAAGGCAGUUCCUUAUUUGGCUCUUCAUCAACGUUUGCAGAUUGAGUUUGAUCUUACAUUGCCUAUUAUUCAAUCUUAGAUAGAAUUAUGUUAUGGUUUUGUAAUUCCAUUUGUGUAUAAUUAGGGUUCUUUGGUAUGAACUUCUCUUUUCUUAAUUAGAAAACUUGUAUUGGUACAAGAUAAGAAC